GGCGGAUGCAGAAUUUACCGGAGUUGAGAGUGCAGCUUGGUGGCCUUGGCACUGAAGUCUUCCCACACAGGAUAUGAGCACUGCAAAAAGAACAAAGACACAAGAAAAUGUACGCAUACCCUGUUUUUCGCCGCCAAUUGGCAACAUGAACCCUACUCCUCAUGGCACCAUCGGCAGAGGCGAAGCGCCUUGAAAAUGUGGAGUCUGAAAGGGCCAAACCGAAGGAGCAGGUGCUGUCUGCACCUCCACCCACAACCUCCAGUGCGUCAGCACCUCCACCUCUGCACCUCCAUCUACAGCCAUCCAAACUGGUGUACAGCAGACCGCCACUGUAAAAGCGCUGUUGGCGCGUGGCAAACAUUUGUCUCCACUGACAGCUGGCCAGAAAACUCCUGUAACCAGUUAAACCCUAUGAAUCCAUUACUGAAGGCCACUUUACUUCCUCCAGCAGCAGAACUCCCAGCCAAACAUUUGACCCGAAGGCAGCUUUUCGUAACUGGCACUUCCGUUCCCACUGCUGAAGAUGAUGCGGAGCUGGUGUUUGCUGCAUCACAAUGUGAAGCACAGCUAAAUACAGAAUUACGUCACAUCAUGCCUCAAGCGGGAUGCAUUCCUUGAGUGCACUUCUUUAAAACAUGUCCAAAAGUAGGCCUGUGCCGGUCCGUCUCCAUCAGCGGAAACAGCAAGAACACCAGAUCUUCCACGUCAUCAGCCAUCAGCUGAGCUUCCAGGCCACUGGAAAGAUCAUCUUCCACCUUUCCAGCAUGAGUGGAUCCGGAACACACUAUUUAGUUCACACUCAGCCGCCCGCCUCACCCGACCUCUUCUUAUGUCGGCCCCUUUUCUUAUGGAUGCCGCUGAAGAUGUGGUUAAUUCCUCAUGUCUGUAUUCGCCCAGACUGUGGUAAGCACAGACUGACAGCGGCAGGACUUUACCGUACCGUGCGCAUGGUCUUAGACAUCGACAGGUGGUAUGACAUUGCCACUGAGUGUCUGGAGUGCAAAGGCUGCAAAAAGAAGUAUCCCGCCUGGUCUGAGGACAUCUUAGGACAGCUGGAUAUGGGCCACCGCAGUCAGUUUCCAGCUUUGCUGACAUACAUGACAUACAGAUACUCAUGUGACAACCGCGUGCUGAGGAUGAUGAGGGAGAGGACACUGGGCAGCAGUGCGACUCAGCUUUACAAGAAGCUGAUGGAACAACACAGUGAGGCAUGGACACAGCGUGUCCUGCAGUACCUGACUGCCUGCGAACCAUUCACAAGGUCCUCCCUCGUGCAGCCUCCUGUGUUUGCUGAGCCUCCUCUCUUACCUGCCCUACCUAAACCUAAGUGGCUGUUAGCCGUGUACGCCAGCGAUGUUAUUGAGGAACCAGUGCCAGUGAUGCGCAUUUUCAGGCCUAUCUCCUUGAGGGCUUGAUGCGUUGGAAUGAUGACCGAAUGGAAGACGCCAUUAAAGGAGCAUCCUCCAGCCGGUCAUUUUGCAGUGCCAUGAAAGAGGCUGUGGACCGGCUUAGCCGAACAGUCUUUGGGAAGCCCUGGGAUGAGCGCUAUCGCCCUCCUGGAGCAUA